AUGCAGGAGGUGGUGGAUCUGGGCAAGGCGAACUCCACGAAGGGCUUCCACCCCCCCGAGCCCAGCACCGUGGCUGUGAUUAUGUACACGUCUGGGUCCACGGGCAAGCCCAAGGGCGUGGUUAUUGAGCACCGCAGUCUGGUUGCAUCGAUGGCCGCCAUCGGGACCAAGUUCUCGGAGCUUGGCCUGCAAGAGGGUGAAGAGACCUAUCUCGCAUACCUGCCAGCCGCUCAUAUCCUCGAGCUCGUCGCAGAGCUCACGAUGUUCUCCCUCGGGUCCGCGGUGGGCUUCGCGGACCCGAAGACGAUCUCUUCAAAGGGCGCCUGCCGCCAGAGGCCAGACGGCUCUCUGAACCUAAAGCCAGAGUACCCCCACCCGCCGGGAGGGAUCCAGGAGUUCCAGCCGACCGUCAUGGCGGCCGUGCCCAAGAUCUGGGACAUCCUGAAGAAGGGCGUCGAGGACGUCGUCGGCAAGGGCUCGCCCGUGAAGAGAUUCCUCUUCCAGGUCGCGUUCAGCGGCCGAUAUUGGGCAGUGUGCCAUGGCCGGGAGUCCCCGCUCUUCAAGGCGGUCGUCUUCAAGAAGUUGUCAGACAUGCUCGGCGGCCGGCUCAAGGUCGGCCUCUCGGGCGGUGGCCCCGUGAGCGCCGAGGUCCAGGACUUCAUCCGCACCGCUUUCUGCAUGCCCCUCCUCCAGGGCUAUGCCCUGACGGAGACGUGCUGCGCGGGGUCGGUGCAGAUGAAAGACGAUGUUCGAAACGGCGUGGUCGGCCCCCCUUUGGGCAGCGUUGAGAUCAAGCUCGGCCCAUGCGGAGAAAUCAUGGACCGCAGCAAGAAGCCUUACCUGGCCAGCGACACGAUGCACUACAGCAUGCCAUGCGCGGGGCGUGGCGAGGUAUUGAUUCGAGGCCCGUCGGUCAGUUCAGGCUACUUCAAGCAGCCUGACAAAACUGCCGAGGUCUUUGACAAGGAAGGGUGGUUUCAUUCUGGUGAUGUGGGCGUGCUGACCACAGAUGGGGCCCUUAUGAUCGUGGACCGCGUGAAGAACCUCGUGAAGCUCAAGGGUGGCGAGUACAUCGCCAUAGAGGCCAUGGAGAAAGAGUAUAGCACCUCGGCGUAUGUCAACGGCAUUAACGGUGGCAUCAUGUGCCACGGCGACGGCGACAUGGAUCGGCCUGUUGCACUCGUGCAGGCGAAUACCCAUGAGCUCGAGAAAUGGGCCAAGGCGAACGGCGUGCAGUACAAGAGCAUCGAGGACCUCUGCAAGUCGAAGGAGGCAGAGAAACUCGUGCUCGACUCGCUCGUGGCAAUCGGAAAGGCGAGCAGCCUCGGGUCCAACGAGAUCAUCUGCGCGGUGGCGCUGAUCCCGGGCACGGGCCCGGCCGAUGGGACCCCCGACGCCGCGAGCCCGUGGACCCCGGAGAACGGGGGCCUCACCGCCUCGAACAAGCUGAACCGGAACCCGAUCGUCAUCACCUACGCCCCGCUCCUGGAGCACAUGCGGAAGCAGGCAAUCCGGUGA